GAGAUUGUAAAAGGCGGACUUUCAGGAUUAGCCUCAACUGUUCUCCUUCAGCCUUUUGAUCUCUUGAAGACUCGUCUGCAACAACGAGAUGGGAAAGUAGACAUCCGGUACGUCAUACAACGACAUCACUACGAUAGAACAAGUGUACUGCAUGUUACGCGGAGCGUCUUAGCUUCGGAUGGUAUACUGGGAUUAUGGCGAGGGACUGUUCCUUCGUUAUUUAGGAAUGUUCCCGGUGUAGCUUUAUACAUGACAAGCCUCACGCAAAUUCGAACCGCGAUGGCUCGCUCAGCGUAUUUUGUCCGAGCUCCCUUAAUCUUUAACGGUAGUGCUACUGGGGGGAACACUUCCAAGUCUGGAUCUGUACUACCAAAGUUAUCAAGCCAGGGGAACUUACUCGCCGGAGCGUUCACCCGCGUCGCAGUUGGGUUUCUUUUAAACCCGUUUUCUGUGAUUAAGGCGCGUUUUGAGAGCAACAUCUACCAAUCUCAGUACAACUCCUUCCCACAAGCAGUCGCUCUAAUCGCACGCUCCGGACCAAAAGAGUUGUUCAAGGGUUUCGUACCAUCCGCGAUGCGCGAUGCACCGUAUGCUGGUUUGUUUGUGGCUACUUAUGAGAGUAUUAAACGGCAUACUUCCCAUUUAUCGGGGUCAUCCUCGGUCCUAUCAUCAACGAUGGUACAUACGGUAUCCGCCGGUACCGCAGGAGCGAUAGCUACACUUGCCACGCAUCCAUUUGACGUUAUCAAGACGAAAGUCCAAGUCCGACAAGAAGACCGAUAUCACGGUCUCCGGCGGACAGUUCAUACGAUUUGGCAGCAACGAGGAAUCUCAGGCUUCUUCGAUGGCGCGUCGUUGCGCGUCUCCCGAAAGGUUUUCAGUUCCGCAAUCGGAUGGGCGGUGUACGAGGGCCUGCUUAUGGUUUUUCAUAAUAACAGCAAUAAUAAUGAUCAGCGGUUAUGA